GGGCCGGCCGGGGCCAUGGUGCCUUCUCCCGCGGAGCCCGCCGCCGCGCAGGGGUCGAGCGAGACAGAGACGCUCAGCCCCGCGUCCUUGGGGGCUGCCCCGCUCUCGGGCCUGGGACCCUCCGAGGGUCCCGAGGCGGCCGCCCAGAAGGUGGAGGUCGAGGUAGAGUUGGCGGGGCCGGCGAGCACCGAGCCCCCUCCGCCUCCCGAGGGCGGCUGGGGCUGGCUGGUGAUGCUGGCGGCGAUGUGGUGCAACGGGUCGGUGUUUGGCAUCCAGAACGCCUGCGGGGUACUCUUCGUGGCCAUGCUGAAGACCUUCGGGUCCAAGGACGAUGACCAGAUGGUCUUCAAGACAGCAUGGGUAAGUUCUCUCUCCAUGGGGAUGAUUUUCUUUUGCUGCCCAAUAGUCAGCAUCUUCACAGACAUAUUUGGUUGUCGGCAAACAGCUGUUGUGGGUGCUGCUAUUGGAUUCGUUGGACUCAUGUCCAGUUCUUUUGUAAGUUCCAUCGAACCUCUGUACCUCACCUACGGAAUCAUAUUUGCCAGUGGCUGCUCCUUUGCGUACCAGCCUUCCUUGGUCAUUUUGGGACACUAUUUCAAGAAGCGCCUCGGACUGGUGAAUGGCAUUGUCACCGCGGGCAGCAGUCUCUUCACAAUUUUGCUGCCUCUCCUUUUAAGGGUUCUGACCGAAAACUUGGACCUCUUUUACACGCUGAGAAUCCUCUGCGUCUUCAUGUUCGUGCUCUUUCUGGCUGGCUUUACUUACCGACCCCUUGCGCCCAGUGUCAGAGCGAAAGAGAGUGGAGUCAAAGGAGGCAACAGAUCCUCCCUCUUUUCCAAGAGAAAGUUCAGUCCUCCCAGGAAAAUUGUCAAUUUCGCCAUCUUCAAGGUGACAGCCUACGCAGUGUGGGCCGUUGGAAUCCCGCUCGCGCUUUUGGGGUACUUCGUGCCUUACGUUCACUUGGUGAAACAUGUGAACGAAAGGUUUACAGAGGAAACCAACAAGGAGGUGGUUCUCAUGUGCAUUGGCAUCACGUCGGGAGUUGGACGGCUGCUCUUCGGCCGGAUUGCAGACUACGUGCCUGGCGUGAAGAAGGUUUACCUACAGGUGCUCUCCUUCGUCUUCAUUGGUCUGAUGUCCAUGAUGAUUCCCUUGUGCAGUGUCUUCGGGGCCCUCAUCGCCGUCUGCCUCAUCAUGGGCCUCUUCGAUGGAUGCUUCAUUUCAAUUAUGGCCCCCAUUGCCUUUGAGUUAGUUGGUGCCCAGGAUGUUUCCCAAGCAAUUGGAUUUCUGCUUGGAUUCAUGUCUAUACCCAUGACUGUGGGGCCACCCAUUGCAGGGUUACUCCGUGAGAAGCUGGGUUCCUAUGACGUGGCAUUCUACCUCGCUGGGGUCCCUCCCCUUAUUGGAGGUGCUAUCCUUUGCUUUAUCCCAUGGAUCCAUAGUAAGAAGCAAAGAGAGAUCAAUAAAACCACUGCAGGAGAAAAGAUGGAGAAAAUGCUGGAGAACCAGAACUCUCUGCUGUCAAGUUCACCUGGAAUCUUGAAGAAAGAAUCUGACUCUGUUAUUUAAUGUCUUCUAUACCUCCACCAGACUGGAUUUGCUUUCAGAAGUUUAAGCAAGUUUUCCUUUUAUAUAAAUUGCAAAUUAUUUUUUUAAUCACAUCCUACGAAUAGCACAGUAAUGGGAAAUAGAACAUUUAUUACUUCAAGAACCAUUUUCUGCCACCGAAUAGCUGUCUAACAUUUCCGUGAGUCUGAGGACAGAGACUCUGGUCCAUGAAAACAUCUCUGGAAGUUAAAUAUUAUGAGAAUUUGACCUAUCUCAGUAGAAAGCAACUUUGGAAACUGUGAAUGCUAUUUAGCUUCUACAAAUAUUUAAAAAUACCUCAAGCUAUACUAAAAAGGUUGUAAUUUGGUUAAACUGGAAAUAUUGUUUGUUGCCUCACAUGCUGUUUUUAGUUCUGGUAUCUAUCUAGAUUUUAAUUUCUCUUGCUAUUUGGAGACUUUUUACAAAAUUUAAGUCUGGCUUCUAGAUAAUGUGCUAGCUACCUAAACCUCAAGUGGGUGUGAAAGUUGCUUUCCCUGCUGUUAAGUAGGCCCUGACAUGAAGGGGUUCUGACUUGCCCUAGUGUCAGAGAUCUUUUUGGAGCAAAUGCUAGCAAUGUAUUCAGAACCAGUAUGUGAGAUUCCUGGUCGUAAGGGCAGAGCAGUUAAAAAAUCAGGCAUUUCUUCAUUUACAUUUCUUCCCUAUGGCUUUGCAGUGUUUUACUGGAGUAGCCAGAAACGCUCCAAAUUUCUGAAUUUGUUUAAAUUAUAACAAUAAAGAAAAAUAGAAUGAAUGAAAGAUACUCUGGCAGUUUUAACAUAAAGUAUUUCUGGCUUCUGAAUUUGUUAGCACUGGGACCCAGUAUUUAAACAAAGCCUUAUUGAGCAUGAUGUCAAGUUGCAGUUUCAGGCACAGUGGGGGAAAAGAUCUUGGUGUUUGUAAAGGAAACAUCUAUUUCUGAUAGACACAGUUGCUGAAAUUGGUUUAUGAAAUUAAUGGGUCGUGAAAGGUUAGACGCAUUUAUAAAGAGAAACAACUCCUACAUUUCCAAAAUUUUCUGGCAGAAAUUUGCAUUUGUAUGUAUUUCUCCUAGUGUGUUCCCCAUUAACAUUCUUAGCACUUUUUUCUAUUUAUACACAGACAAUUGAAAGCAAGCUAUUAGAGUUUAAGUAUCUAAAAUUAAAACCAAAUCAUGUCAUGACCCAUGCUCAUCUACAAAAAACGGGAACACUUUCCUCAUCUCUGAAGUUAUACAUUUUUGUUAUUUAGGUGUUUAAAAAUUAAUAAUAUGCAAAGUAUAUUUAAAUCCUAAAUAUAGAUGUUUAUUAGAUCUUCCUCAAAUGUAGCUUGUUCACCUGGGAAGAUGUUGUUGUUGUUUUUUUGUGUGGUUUUUUUUGAGAGAGAGACAUCAAUUUGUUGUUUGACUUAUUUAUAUACACUCAUUAGUUAAUUCUUGUGUGUGCCCUGACCGGGGAUUGAACCCACAACCUUGGUGUAUAGGGAUGGCACUCUAACCAACUGUGCUACCUGGCCAGGAUGAGUGUUGUCCUUUUCUAAAGCACCUCUAGGACCCUCCUGUUUCUAAGUUCUUUGUAAGGAAAGAAAGUUAGUCUAUUAUCUCCUUACUUUACUUUUCAGCUACUGUUGUUUCUGGAAGGCAAAGCACUUCCAUUCCUUGUCUCUAGCCGAGGAUGGAGAUGCCUGGAAGCAUAUGGACUUAGAACUGAUGGAGAGCAGGGAGGUGUGGCACUCAGAAGGUGGGAGGAAAGUGAGGCAGUUCAUUAAACGGCGAGAAAACACAAUAAUUUUCCUUUCAGAAUCAACUUUCUUAUCUGCAGCCUUGAAAGUACAACGUCUAUAAACACUAAAUGUAGAAUCUGUUUUUAAUAGGAUUUUAAAUAAUUUUGAUUGUGAAGACAUUCAACAACUUACUGUGGCCAUACACACAGUUGCAACUUACUCCUUCAAAAUGUCCAUAUUUCAUAUUCAGGGACUUAGUAAUUUGUUUUUUGGAAGGUUCUGUUACAAAGAAAAGGAAAAACCCUACAUUUGAACACACUGCCCUUUUAUGUUCUUAUUUUAAACUUUUAGAAAAUGACUUAGAAAUGAUAAUGUAAUAAAUUAUCUGGUUUUUCAUUUAUUCAUGCCCAAUUAUAAAAGCAUAAUUUCCUCAUUAUCAAUGCUUUUGAGAUCAGCAAAAACAUAAAACUAAGACCAAUCAUCAUGCCUGCCAUUAUAAAUAUUUUUUACAGUUUUUAUAAGACUCCUGGUACUCCCCACCUGCAAUUGUACAGAAAGAAUAAUUCUAAAAUAGAAUAUUUACUCUGUAAAGACCUCCAAAGUGCUUUUCCUUUCAAAAUUUGGCUGAUUUUAGGGGAAAUAAAAUGUAAUACUCUGAAACUCAAAGACUUGAUCUUGCUUGAUUAGUUCUAAUAAAAGAGCAAAGUGACUUAAUAUUUAUAAUAAAAUUUAGAUCUCAGACUACUGCACACAUACUACUACACUUAUGUAGUUUUCAGUCUAAUGCAAUGAGUCAAACAGGAUCUAUAACACCAAGAAAUCUCCACCAUAAUCGAGUACAGUGCUGUAAUAAUAUAAAGUUAAAAAGACACCAAGAAAUCUCCACCAUAAUCGAGUACUGUGCUGUAAUAAUAUAAAGUUAAAAAGAAAAAGUAUAAAAGGUAAGAUGCUACAUUCCAUAAAAUGCAUAUUUAGUAAUAUGUUGUUUGGUACAAAAAGUUUUAAAAGUCUAAAGUUCUAAAAGUUCUACAAACUAAAAAAAUGAAAAAUACUACAUUCAUAAAGAUUCGUGUUUCAGACAAAGAAAUAUUACUUUAAUCUUUUAGUUAAAGUACAUCCUUUCCAAUUUCUGAAGUGUUACUAUUGUAAUAAAGUGACCAGAUGGGCCUAAAUUUUUCUUGGUUCAAUUCAGACACUUUUUUUGAGAGGAAAAGAAUAGAGUCAGAACUCUACUUUCUAGCACAUCAUCCUAAUUUUGAUAGGAUCAGCAAAUUCUCACAUUCAAUAGGUUCUUGCAUUUGAGGCCAGCAGUUACAUAAGAAGGAGAGCAAUUACUAUUCCCCUUUACAGAAGCUCCGGGUCAGAUACACAGGUAACAGAUACCCAAAGAUCUUCCAGAAACGUUUUGGUUAAAUUUUAUUGCAGUGGAUAUUGUUGAGAUCCAUCCAUUUCAGUAAUAGACCCACCAAGUUAUUGAUACUUUAUUCAAAAUUUGUAAAUCUCUUUGAUCACAGUUGCAAUGCUUAGUCUAUAAUCCUACUACAAGACUUGUAAUUUCCACUGAAAAUUGCAUAGUGAUUGCAUUAAGCUUCCAAUUCUACUCAUAAACAGAAACAAGGCCUCGUUUGCAUUUCAUGAUCCAUAUGUUAUCUGAUUGUACAUACUUGCGGACGAUCACCUAGGCUCUGCCUAAGUAUUGAGAAACCUUUCAUGCUAUCAGCUUCAACUUCUCACACUUUUAAAGUAAACGCACACUCAGUUGUAAAGUAAAUUAUCUUUACUCUUUUCAUAUUAUCUUUAUCCUUAUCAUCCUUUUUCCCUUUUCCUUCCUCCUAUCCUUCAAAACAUCUGCUGAUGAGUCCGUUAACAUCCUUGCUUAACUCUACUAGCUGCUCAGCUGCACUACUUCCUGGUCCCUGUGGUUUCAGAGGCUGGAGCCCCAUUCAAUUUGUGUGACCUGGAGAAUGGCUGGCUCUCGGUCAUCAACUUAGAGUUCUAAAGGUCUAAAUUAUGUGAUUAAAAUUUGGGGGGAAAUAAAUGUCAUAUAAUUGGCAUCUUUGGUGUUAACAUAUAAAACUUUAUUUAAAUGUUUAAGAUAAAUGCUUUGAAAGAAAAGAUUGUCGAGUUCUUAGCAUGAAUAUUUUUGGAGGACACAUUUUUUUUUUAACUUUGCUUUUGCUCUUCCUUUAAAGUUUUGCUAAAUCUUAAUCCUGAGAGCACACCAUGGAGGAUGCCUUGGAUUCAGUUCCCAACGAACCUGCCUUAGGCGGGGUCACACUUGGUGAGCUUAGGGGCACAAGUGGAAAGUUUAAUUAGCUCCAGUUUUUAAAUAUGUAAACAAUUUAAAUAUUUUAAAACUUAUUUAAACUCUUCAGAAAAUUCCUAACACUGAAAGCUUUAUUGUGGCUGGUAUAAACAUUAAGGAGCACUUUCUAUAUUAGAUUAAAGGUUGUUGCUGUUUUUCAUAUGCGAAAAGUAAGAGGAAGUGAGCUUUACUACUUUCUUUUUACAUCUAUAUUAUUUUUUAAUUUGAAAGAUUAAUGUUGUCUUGGCUAAUAGGAAAGUGCAUCAUCCAUAUAGUUUAAUGAACUCGUAAAAAAACUCAAGCCUUUUGCUUUGUUUUUAAAACAAAGGAAGAAUUUGCCAUUCAUAAUGGUGAUGUGGUAAUCCACAGAGGGCAGGCUUGCUACUUUACUGGCAGUCAUUAAUUCUGCUCAGAUAUACUCACUGAUUUUUGUUGGUGAUUUGGUUUAAGGGAAAUAAAAAGACCGUCUCAAGUGGAGUUUGAGAAUGGUUCAGGGCGAAGAGUCACAAGGUGGACAGCAACAACAGGCAGCUCCCGGGACCACUGUUAUUUCAUAGCUGCAGCCCCGUUUACCAGUUUACUUGUUGGCAGAGGCUAAUGCUUUGUUUUGUAAAUACACUAGAGCAGCGGUCGCCAACCUUUCGGACCACCAGUUGGCGGUCCCUGCACUAGAGAGUGGUAGGUGACAGUCCUUAAGACUAAGGGGCCAAAUGCCUAUAGCUACAUGUGAAACCUGAACACAACUCAGAAGCACAAUUACUGAACUACCAUAAAUGUGGACUUUAUCAGAUGACGUCUUCUGAGAGAGACAGUAAAGACCCAUGAAACAAUUCAUUGCCACAUCUUUGACUCAAAGAAAUCUUGAAAUCUGGGACAUAGUGGUUUUCCUAGUAGUUUACUAUACAUGGUUGUUUACUUAGCUUGCCCUUUUUUAAAUGAUCAAUAUUUAAGUAGUGAACAUUAAUCAUCUUGACCUCUAUACAUUCACAGAAAUCCUCCAUGGUAUUAUCUUCUUGACAUCUAAUAUAGGACUACCUCACUUGUGACUCAGAAGAUUUCCAUUUUUUAUUAGUGUGUUGGAAAGACACUGGGAACGAAACGAAACCUUUCUAAGCACCUGAUCAUGACACUCACUUGACCCCGACAGUCCACCUACCUCAGCUUUCAGUGUCCAACCAAAAGCGUGGCUUAAUCCAUGCGUGCUUAGUCAGAAGGAAGCUAAUGGUGAUGCUGGGAUUAAAAGGCAAGGGAGUGCAAGUUGUUAAGGGGGUCAAAACAGUAAGAUUUCUUAAGUGCUUUGUUCUGAUAAAUGGAUAUAAAAGGAGUAUUAACUGAUGUGGCCGGUGGAUCAUCUAACAGGAAAAUGGAAGAAAUUUAUAACCUAUGUGUAAUAAUGAACACUUACUAAAAAUGCUUUACCAGGGGCUUUGCAAAUUAUGCCGGCAGCUUGAUGAGGAGGUCUUCUUUCCACUUGAGUUUUCUUUGGCAGGAAGAUGGAUGAUCACUGACAACAGUUGCAUCUUGUGCCUUAGCCUUACAGCUUACAUGCUGAACUCCUGUAAAAGGCCCCCUUUCCUCGUGGUAAUGGUGUUUUGUCCCACAGGAGUUUUUAAGCGCUGUUGUUGUCUGUGUCUAUAGUUAGAAGUUGACCCACAAGUUCCCAAAUUAAUUAAAGACGUUCCUAGCCUUUCAGUAUGAGCGCUGUAAGAAGAGUAUUUUGGAGUUGAAUGUCGCAAAGCAUGUAAGUGAUAGGAACUAUCUAUAUAAAAUAACAUUAAGAAAUCAAAGGAGAUAUGUGAUACUAUUUUGGAACCUCUGAUAUACAAGGUGGGGCAAAAGUAGGUUUAUAGUUGUGCAUAUAAAAAUAAUACAAUAAUGAGUAAAUAAUACAAGAAUAAACUGUUUCCUGUACUCACAACUGUAAACCUACUUUUGCCCCACCCUGUAUGACUUUUAUUCUUUACCAGAUAAUACUUUUCGGUAUCUGUCAGUUAUUAAAAUAGUGGAUUUUAAAAAAUAUUUUAAAUGUGUGUGAACACAAAUCCUUUCUACUGUGAUCUUCCCUCACUGUAGUCUUCUAUAGUGUGUUCUAAUUGCUAGAAAGCAAUGGCAAACGUAUCUUUCAUGAUUCAGUCUAUAUUGGCAUAUUACUUUAGGGACCCAGGGCUUUUAGCAAGAGUGCUGUAUUUUGACCCCAGACUAUGAACAGACUGUGAAUUUGGUGCCUUUUUUUUCCUACCAAAGAAAAAUUGGAUCAAGGUUGGUGCUAAAUUUCAUGUUUCUUUCAAAAUUAUUUUUUCUUUUAAAGUAUAUAUAACACAAUAGGAAAUGUGUAGAUCCAGCAGUUUGUGUACAUUACAUUUUUUAAUAUACAUCUGAGGGGGGGGGAGGAAACUCACCUAUAAAGCAAUUUUUGAGUUCAAAUAUCUACUUCGAGGUAUGUGAUUUUGGUAAGCACAUAAGGCUUUAAAUUAUGAAACUUACAUAAAAAUGAUCACCAAAUGAAAACUUAAUGCCAAACAUAGCCCCAAACAUCUCUGGCCAAUGUUUCUAGCACAAAGGUAGCUAUUCCAAGUAUGCUGUAACUCUGAGGGCAUGUAAAAGAAUUGUGUAUAUUUUGUUAUACAAAAUAACUUUCUAUUACACUUGUUUAAAUAGAUAUUUUGAGAUAUUUUUCAGGCUAAAAUCAGAGUUCUGGGGGCCAUCAAUCUUAAAACUUGAACAAUGAGUUACAUU